GCUAUAGGGUUAAGUUACAUACACUGAGUUAAGAGCUGCCGACGACGCCGAUACAUGCAUGAAGUAAGAACAUCAUCAUGAUGGAAUGAAAAAACAUACAACGUUUGAAAUCUGAUGUGAUGCCGUCCUUCGCACCGCGUGUCGUCCACGUAAUGCUGUUAUUCAAUCAGGCGAGAGUCUUGUUGUCAGUUGUUACACAAAAAAACUAGGCCUAACACUAGCAUCCAGCUCAUUUGAGACCAUGAAUCCAUCACAUGAGACAAGAUGGUAGAGUGCUUUGUUUAGACCUUUGCCAUGACACAUGAUACAUUGCCUUUGUAUCAUCAGAUGAAGCAACUUUAGCUCCGUGGAACAAAAACAAAAGCCCAAAAGUUAAGCAGCCAUGCUGUGAUGUUACAUAGAAGCUGUAUGUACCAGUGACCUUACAAUGUGGAGAUGAUUGUAUAUAUGACAUCAAGCAUCUUGGAAUGCCCUCAGAAGAUAAAUUCUUCUCUCAUGUCAUGAACAAGUUAUGUGGGCAAUGUGACAUUUUGUACAACUGAUGUCUUGUGAAGAACAGUCCGUCAUGGCCAACAACCAUGUGCAGUCUCAAUCCUCCUCUUACUGGCCUUUCUGUAAGAUGCGAUUGCCAUCAUUACAGAACUGUAUCAAGUUUGGUAUCAUCUUCUGCCUUGGUUUCCUGCUACUACUAGCCAAUCAAGACACCUGUAUCAAUACAAACAACCAGCAGUCUGCAGUCCCCAAGCCCAUGGAGCAGGUUGACCAAUCUCUUCAGGUGAAAUCUCGUGACAUCCAAUACCAUGAUGAUUGCAUUGCUUCGCUAAGUGAACAAGAAGAGAAGCAUAGCCAGGAAGUAGCAUCCUUAAAACGGCAGAUCAGAGAAUUGAAACGGGAACUCAAGAAGCAUCUGAGUAAUACCCAACAGGUGGAGGAACCCCAAAAAUAUAAAGAUCUAGAAGGAGGGAUUCGAGCCCAACGCUCCAGUGAUGUGGAUAACCAUGAUGAUUUAUCAGAUUUCAUCAGACAACAAAUGGCUAAGAUUGAAAUGCAUAAACCUCUCCAGAGUGAGUAUGAUGUAGUGCCUUUCAGCAGUCUCAACUCCAAGCUUGUCUAUUCCCUAGAGAGCGGCUUAUCACAUCGUCCAUCAGAGAGACCUCGAGGUGAUAAAAAGGAGGAUUUAGUUGAAGCUGUGUAUUUUGCAAUUGAUAUAUUGAACAAGAAAAAAGACAACACUUUCAAUAGCUUUUCAAUUGAUAAUUUUGUGGAUGGAAUAUUUAAAUCCGAGAGGACUAUUGGAACAUAUUACAACUUGGUAUUUCGUGGUACACAGGAAAGCUAUUAUCAAAGUGUGGAGAUUUUACGGCCAUUCAGUCCGCUACAAAAGCUACGAUCUCAGAUUAUAGAUACUAAUAAAAUACUGGUAAAUAUUAUCAUUCCUUUAUCAGGCAGAUUAGACAAGUUUCAGUCCUUCAUAGAACGGUUUAAAUCGGUCUGUUUGGACAACAGGAUGCAUGUAUACUUAACAGUGGUCUACUUUGGUGAAGAAGGACUGAGUGAAAUUCAUUCAGUCCUCUUCAAUAUGGCCCACCAGUAUAACUUCCACAAUUACAAACUUAUACGGCUUAAUGUCACAUUUUCUCGUGGGCGGGGCCUGGAAGAGGGGGUGCAGAAUUGGGAUGGAAGUGAUGUGCUGAUGUUUUUCUGUGAUGUGGACAUAGCAUUUACUAAGGAGUUUAUUGAACAUUGUCGCUACAACACAGUACCAGGUAGGACAGUUUAUUACCCUAUUGUGUUUAGCCUGUACAAUCCUAAGAUCAUCCAUACCAUUAAUGAUGCUAUGCCUGACACUCCACAGUUGAUGAUUCAUCAUGAGAUGGGUUUCUGGAGAGAUUUUGGUUUUGGGAUGACUUGUCAAUAUCGCUCAGAUUUCUUGAGUAUUAAAGGUUUCAACAUGGAUAUCAAGGGUUGGGGUGGUGAGGACGUGGAUCUCUACAGACGAUAUAUUCAGUCUGAUCUCAAGAUCAUUCGUGUUACUGAUCCAACGAUCUUCCAUCUAUAUCACCCAAAAGUGUGUCAAACAAACUUGACUGCUGAGCAGUAUCGUAUGUGUAUCAUGUCACGAGCUGUCAAUGAAGCAUCACAUUCACAACUGGGAAUCUUAGCAUUCAAGGAUAAGGUCAAUAUGACACUCUUUCAUAUGGGACAGAUAAAACACACGUGGCUUGGUGCUAUUCAGCCUCCUCAGGAUAAAGUAUGAUAUAUUUCAUGACAACUCUUUUAACCCUAACUUUUUUGCUAGGAUGCAACCUCAAUCCUGCAAAAUCCUCCAACUGCCCCCUUGUAAAAAUUGCAUACAGCGUCAAUCCUUCAAAAUCCUCCUUUAUUUUUUGACUGUGGUCCUUGGAGGGGCGGCCACUGCCUCAAUCCUGCAAAAUCCUCUGGCAAUCACUUUCAGUAUGUUGAGGCAGAGCCAGUGACAUCCUGGAGCAGUGCGGAGGGUUUCAAGUAUAAUCUAGGCCUAAAUGUAUGCACGGCUGAGCAUAAACAACACAAGGUCUGGCCCAAAGCCUUGACACGGUGUAUCCUUCAAAUCAGCCACACAUUUUUGCCAUAUAGCUUCAAUCCUGCCAAAUCCUCUGUUUUUGAGAAUUUUGGAGGAUUUAGGAAGGUUCUUGACAAACAAAAAAUAUAUGCAUAUCAUUUUUUUUUUGGGUGGGGGUAGUUAUAUGAAAGAAACCAUGAGAACCCAGUUGUCCAAAAAUAUACAUGUAGUUUUGAAUAUUUCAGUAAUGUUUUAAUGAAUGUAAGAAAUUAUGACAAAAAUACCAACAAAACGGUACAUGUAUGUAUGUAAAGUUGGCUGAAUGGAAUAUUACCUGCCACUAAUUGGCAAUGAUAAACUAUCAUGGCUUGCACCCACCAUCAUGUCCAUCCAGCGAGAGACAUGCAGACAGAGUGGGAAGCAGUGAAAUAAGGACAGGUAGCUUGCUCUACAAUAGUUAUCAAUGCACAAUGCAUUAUUUGGUCAGCAAUCAGUUGCAUAGAGCUAAUAACUUAAAGAUGAUCUUGGUUUAGUCAUCAAUGCAUACAUAUGUAUUCAAAAUGACCUGACUCCAUGUAAGCCACAAAGUAACCACAACAAUUCCUGAACAGAAUACUGUACCAUUUUGAAAAGAUUGACCUGAACUCUAGGGGUGUGCAUUGGAACCGGGAAUCCGCUGAUGUCAGGAACUAGUUCCAAAUGACAGAAUCGGGCACCCGUAACCAACUUUACAAAUUACUUAUUAACUUCUCAGACAGUGAAAAAGAAAGUUUUUAAUUGUAUGCCAUUUUUUAGGGAAUUUUAAAAAUAAAAACAAGGCUACGUGGAAAAUUUCAAAACAGAUUUCACGUUUAUGUGCAUUCUAAAAUUGCAAAUCCUUUCAUCCGCACUGUACACACUUGUAUCUUGCUGCACUGAUGCACCGAUGUGGAAGGGUUAUUGUGCGCGCCUUUAUGAAUAAUCUAAACAGCAACUCCCGGGAUUUGAAUUCUGGGUUUGGAUUGACUUUUCUGGAUUUCAUGUUUGACCUCAAUAGGGUACCCGGUUCCUGGAAUACCCAUAAAUGUAAACCCCUACUCAACUCACCAUCUUCAGCAACUGUAUUGUAUUUCAUCAUUAGUUAAUAUUUACCAUCAACCAAAUAAUGUAUGUAAAAACAUAUUUUAUUUAUCAGUAUUAUCAAUUUAUUUUAUGAUUGAAUAUGUCUGUUGGGAGAGCUCCAGUCCAGUGGAAGUUCCAGUCACACUUUGUUUGAAUCAUCGUUGUUUAAGUAAAAACAUAAAUGUUGCAUUUGUCUGUUUAUUGUUAUUAUUAUUAUUUUAUUUCUGGUAAUGAAACCAGGGAAUCCUUGACACCUCAUCUGAAUGUGAGCAAUUUUGGUAAAUGUCCAUGUAAUGUAUCAACUUCUCAAGCGGUAAUCGUAAUUUAGCAUUUGUGGCCAUGGGUUCAAAUUUGCUUUGCAAAUAGUGUGCUGCUGUAAAUAGCUAAAUCUAAAGGAAAGAAAAAGAAGAAAAUUUGUUGAUUUCAUCAACUGGUACAAGCGAUUUAACUUACUUGUGCAGCCUUGAUUUGAAUCAGGGUAGAUUUUAUGUCAACAUUUGUUUAAAUAUGGAUUUUGGUUGCAUGUAUUUUUAUAUCCUAUAAACAGACUUUAAAAAAUCCUCUCUUAAAAAAAAUAAUAAUAAUUGCUGCAAAGGGAGAGAGAGCAAUAACAGAAGAAGUUUGAAUACCAAAAAGUGUGUUUUAUAAAUAGGUCUAUAAUGCAGCGAAAAUUGAGCAUUUUUGAUAAAGUGUACAUUUUAUACUGUUUACCAAAUCAUCUUACCAAAAUUUCACCAGCAUAAAUUAAUCAACCAAAUGAGUAUUGACUCACCAGAGUUUAGGCCAUCUAACGAACCUUGCACACAAGAAUUAGUCUGCCAACACUUUGACCUACAUGUAAGUAAUAGCAGUAUCACGAGUAUGUUGAAAUGCAGAGGUUUUGUCAUGAUGUUCAUUAUACAUGUAAGUGUUACUUGCUGAGUUAAACUGAACAAACUGUGUGUAAAGCCACCCUCAGGUGGACCUUGUGACGACACAGAACAGUCAGAGACUGACUUUUAAGAAUCAAGCUGCACCUGAGCUAUGACCGGAAGAACAUUUCAGUCACCAAUUGCAACCAAUCACCAAAUUUGCAACCCGAGUGCAACUGCGAAGAUAUUAAGACGAACUUCAUCAGUCAGCGCAAUUGUUAUCAUUAACAAUCCUUUAGAUAGAAAAAUCUCGGUAAAAUACACAGUUUGAAACACCUUCCAUCAUCCACAUGUGCGCCGCCAUUUUGAACAAGCCAUGCGAUCCAUGUCUAUGCCACGCACUGGUAAUUGUUGUCGUGGGUGACAUGAGAGUGGUUGCGAUUAUUCUGUGUCGAGAUGUCACUUGUUCCAUUGAUAAUCACAAUUUCUCAGGUUUGUGACCCGAAAAUGAGUGUUGCGUUUGACGGUUUCGUCACAACGCAAGCAAAUUGCAGGUCGACCUGAAGAACGGCAUGAGGUUUGGGCUUGGAAAACCUUUCAAAUAGCCAUCAGGUGAUAACAAUGUUUUUCUAUCUAAAAAUAGUUAACAUCUUCAUGCAUACAAUCACAUAAUUUGACUUGUACCAAAGAAACAUGGAUCUUUUACAUGCGUCUGUUUCUUUCUUUCUUAGUUGGAGAUAUCUGUUUAUUGUCUCUAGUGUCUGUUUUGAUAUGUGACGCAUUUGAUAGAAUCCCAUAUAUUUUUGAAUAACUUUAACUUGGACUAUCUGUGUAAUUUCAUAGGGAAGACAUGUAUUAAAAUAUUAAAUUUUGUUAUUAAGAAUUUUUCUACCAAAUUGUGCUUCUGAAACUUUAGGCCCAGCCUCAGACUUUUGAUGGAUGAACAAGGUCCCAGUCAUGCAAUAACUAUUGAAUAGUUACUGAAAAUGUUGCUUAAAAUUAAUUUUAAAAAAAUGUUUGUCUUUAUCUUGUGGAUUUUUUAUUAUUUACUUAAGGUUUUUUUAAAUAGAAAAAGAUGUAUUUUAAGUUUAUAAUAAAAACAUGCAUCAAGUUUACGCCAACAUGAAUAAAGUAAUGAAUCUACAACAUACAUGUAUGCAUUAUGCAUUGCUGACCACAAAAUGUGAUUUGUUUGUUUUAUAUUCAUAUUCAAAACGUGCUUGUAUUUUUGAGGAGACUCUUUUUAAAACCACAAGUUUAAACAGAGAAUAAAUAUUUUAAAAGUAUUACAAAUUACAGAUUUAUAA